AUGUCGAAAAAUUGGGAAAAAGUCGUGGCUUAUAUAUUCCCCUUUUUUUUCCAGACAACAUCUUCUACUCUAAAAGCAGCCUUACAGCUGGGCAUCACAUACACAGUUGGCAGCCUGAACCAAAAACCUGAGAGAGAUGUGCUGCUGCAGGACUUCGAAGUCAUGGAAAGCAUUUUCUUUCCCAGUGAAGGCAGUAACUUGACACCAGCUCACCACUAUGGAGACUUCAGGUUCAAAACAUACGCUCCAGUGGCCUUUCGUUACUUCAGAGAGAUGUUUGGCAUCCGGCCUGAUGACUAUAUGUAUUCUCUGUGCAACGAGCAGCUGAUCGAGCUGUCUAACUCCGGCGCCAGUGGAUCUCUGUUCUACGUCUCUAGGGAUGAUGAAUUCAUUAUAAAGACGGUGCAGCACAAAGAGGCCGAGUUUCUCCAAAAACUGCUUCCAGGAUACUUUAUGAACCUGAACCAGAACAAAAGGACCUUAUUACCAAAGUUUUAUGGGCUGUACUGCGUCCAGGCAGCGGGUAAAAACAUCCGCAUCGUGGUCAUGAACAAUCUACUGCCCAGUGCCGUACGAAUGCACCUCAAGUUUGAUCUAAAAGGCUCCACCUAUAAGCGGCGGGCGUCUCCCAAGGAGCGGGAAAAAGCUGUGCCCACGUUCAAGGACCUGGAUUUCAUCCAGGACAUGCCUGAAGGACUGAUCCUGGAGGUGGACAAGUACAACGCUGUUUGUAAAACUCUCCAGAGAGACUGUUUGCUCUUGCAAAGUUUCAAGAUUAUGGACUACAGUCUUCUAGUGGGAGUGCAUAAUAUAGACCAGGCCAGUCGAGAGCAAGACAGAGAGGCGGAGGCAGAGGGAGCUGGGGCCCAAAGAAGGCCGCAAAUCCAAAAGUCGCUGUACAGCACAGCUAUCGAGGCCAUCCAGGCCGAGUCAGGAGGUGUGGAGCCAGAGGAAAGGACUGGAGGAAUCCCUGCAAGAAACUCCAAGGGCGAGCGGCUGCUGGUGUACAUCGGUAUUAUUGACAUUCUUCAGUCCUAUAGAUUGGUAAAGAGGCUUGAACAUUCCUGGAAGGCUCUGGUUCAUGAUGGGGACACCGUGUCAGUGCACAGACCAAGUUUCUAUGCAGAAAGAUUUCAAAAGUUCAUGUGCAAUGUGGUUUUCAGAAAGGUAGCAGCAAAGGCCUCCCCGUGUAAGAAGCGCCGUGCUAACGGCCCUUCAAAGAAACCUGCUGGUUCUGGGGCCUCUCUGACUCCAACCAGUAUCGGCUACAAGCACCCGUUACUGCAACAACAAGCCAGUACGGACACCAAGGAGGAUUCUGAGGGAGUCAUUGUAAUGUCGUCGGGUCGACCUGACCUUCUCCCAAAGAGCUCACUCCCCGCUGACGGCGCUGACGGCACCCGUGGAGCUGUUGGAUCUCUGGCCAACACCAGAUUCCAUCCUUCAACACUUACUCAGUCUAACUUUCAGGAUACCUCAGGUGAAGGUGAAUUAGCAAGCAGAAGCAAGGACAGCAGCCCCACCCAGAGAGCUCAGUCUUCGGUUGAAGAAGGCACUAGCACAGAGGAUACUUUCUCAUUCAGUGACCUAACUUCUACUGAAAACAAAGGCCCUGCAUAGGAUGUGGAAAAAUAGUCGGGAUUCAACCUAAGCAAAGCUUCAGGUGUUAAUGAGCAACACUGAAUUAUUUACACCCACCCCUUUGUCCUCCUUGAGGUACCGAAACUAAUAAAUUCCUCGAUGUGAAUCACUGGGACCAAGCUGGACUUUGGACAUUCAUGUUCCUUUUUCUUUGCACUUUUUUAUUUUUUAUUUUUUCCAAAUAGAGGUGUUCUGACACUAACAAAUGUGGGGACAUUAAUUUGGUGGUUAGUGAACACUAUCCUUCUCUCACAGGAGUGCCUGUAUACACCACUAGUUAUUAUAUUACAUCCUGAUGUGCUCAUUUAAACCAGCGUUCGAUGUGAUAUCUGGAUUUUUCUGUAAAGAUUUCUUUGCCUCUUUUGAAAGCCGUCCCUUUUUUCCCCUUUACCAUAUUACUGUAGAAAAUCUUAACCUAAAUGGUGAUAUCUCUUCUACCAUAUAUUAAACAUAAAAGAUGGACAUUUCCAAAGUGAAAUCAUAGGUUAUUUUUUACAAGAAUACUGAGAUGGGACCAGAAUUAUAACUAUGACUGCAGAUUAUUGUGUAUUUAAUGAUAUAUAAAAUUCUCAUAUUUCAUCUAACUGAAAGAAGAGGAUGUCAAAUGAGUUUGUUUUUAAUAAAAGCUUAUUUGAGUCAGUGAGGUUUCUGACCCCUACUGGACAAAGAGGAGUAUUGCACCCAAAAGCAUUGCAUGUUUGCUUUAUUUUUCAUACUUAAUAAUGGAUUUACCUUCUAUAAACAGUUUAUAGACCUCAUCUUAAGUAGCUGAAGUUAAAUAUUUCUUUCCCUUUUCCUUUGAAACAAAACCAUACAUGUGUUGGGAACAUUUAUUAUUUAAAAACAGAUGUUUAUUUUGAAAGCAACUACUGUAUCCUAUUGUAAUAAGAUGCUGUUUUCUUUCUAAAGCCUACUUUAAAUGUACAUAAUGCUGGGAAAAAAGAGGACCCUUAGCUUUUUAUUUAACAAACUUUUCUAACCGAUUUAUAUGACUUCAAACACUGUGAAUCCUACCAACAACUUCUUAUGUUUAGGUCAAAGCUUUUAUUUUAGAAGAGGGUUAUUGUUUUAUAUGCAUGUGUGGUACAUAGGAUAAAUGUGAUCAAAAGUAACUGAUUUAAUUAACUCUGAUCUGGGUUCUGUCUCUUAAAGAAAGUACAGCGAGUCUUAUUUGCAAUAUUAUUAUUUUUUUCUGUGUGUGUGUGUGUGUGUGUGUGUGUGUGUGUGUGUCAUUGGUUCAUUUAAACUAAGGUGUUUUUAAACGAGCUAAAGCCAUCGAUCAAACCUGCAGAAAGCAGUUUCUGUUGAAGCCUUCUAACUAAUCAUGUGACUAGUACCAAAAACGUAGGAUAUGACUUUAUUAUAGGCUUGUACAAUCAUUGUAUUUUCUUUGGAUUAUAUGUGGUUGGUACUGUUGGUGCAGCAUUACCAGGAGCCGCCGGGUAAUAAUAAUGAAAGUAGAAACAUUUAUACAGAGUUGCAUCUACAAACGUUGGUGUUCAUCCGAUCUGGAUGCAGGGUUGUCCAACCCUGUGAGACACGUGCACAGCUAUUGUUUAUUGUCCAUGGUAUUGGAUAUACUUUCACAGCUGUGAAAUGUUGAAGUGUAAUCAGCUACUUACUCUCAAUUCUUGUAUAAUGUCAGUUUUAAUUGAAAAUUUACUUUCACAGGUCUCUUUUCUUUUAUUUCUAUGGGCAUUUCUGUUUAUGUAGAGUAACCCAAAAAUGCUAAAUAUCAAAUGUUUGUCAUAGAAUAAAGCAAUUGACAGACUC